CAACAACAACAACAACAAGAUGAAGGUGAUGGAUUGAUAGCGUGUAGAUUCUGCGAUCGUACCAAAGAAGAAGAACGAGAAAUGAUUGCUGGAUUGCUAGCAGAAGCUGACAGUAUCGGUGCUGACGUAUUGCUGUCUGACACGCAGAUCAAGAGGGAGCCACAGGACAUAAAGGAUCCAAAGGUUUUUGUACAUUCGCCAGAGGGCACAAAUGAAGAUGAAGAGGUUGCGGCUGGACCUUCCAGUCCUCCACCACCAAAAAUUAGAAGGAUGGGUGAGAAAAAAGACAAGCGGCAACCCGACAAGAUUGCGUCUCAAUUGUUAACUAAAGUGCUGCAAAAACAAGAAGAGAACAAGAACGAUGAAUGCAGUGCGUAUGGGCAGUAUGUGGCAUCAGUUUUACGGAAAUUGACAGAGUUAGAAAGAGCAAAAACAAUGGCUUUGCUUAAUGAUGUAUUAAUGAAACAACAUGUAGCGUAUUAGGAAAGUGAGCAGUC